AUGAAGGAAUUGGGAAUUUACAAAAAAUGUUCAUCAUUGAAAAAGGAACAACUUAUUGAGAAGAUUAAGGAAUAUUAUCAAGAAGAAUUGGAAAAUAAUGACCACAGGAAAAUAGUUAGCACAACCACUAGUAAUAUUACCACUACUACCACUACUAGUAAUAGUGCAAUUGCUGCUAAUAUUGAAUCUUCUCUUCGGAAGAUGGUGACAGUAGAUAAGCCAAUCAUCAUCAUUAAAUCAACAACAGCACCUGGCAGUGAUGAUGAUGAUGAGAAUGAGAAUGAGGAUGCCAGUGAUGGAAGUGUUGAUAUUGAGGAAGUAAUGGAAAAGAAGAGGAAAUAUACUCCAACAAAGAAGGAAAAAUGCAAGUCGGAAUAUAUUUCACCAACUAAGAAGGAAAAAUUGGAAAACUCUUCAUCAGUUAAAAGAGAAAUUGUGGAAAUAGUGGAGGAUAGUGAUGAUGAUAUACUGAAUUCAUCUAUUUUUGAUAAUUUGGGAAUAGUGACACCUCCUAGAGCAAAAGCAGAAUCUCGUAUUGCAAGUUCGUCUCAGGAUCUGUCGCCACCAAGAGCAUCUACACCAAAGAUUACAUCAAGACCAAUUGAGCUGCCAACCAGUCCACCAAAAUCAGAAGAAAAGAGAAAGAGAAGAUUUAUUUCAAAAUGUCCAGCAAGAAUUGAACAACGAAUUGAAAGAGCACUUUUACAAAAGUAUGUUUUUCAAAUUGUUUGA